UGAUAAAUGACCAUGAGGGAAAUAUAUCUUCAUUAUUAUUAAUUGUUGCGUACCUACUGUUCGAGAGACGAUAAAAAAAAAUGUCUACAGAAAAUUAAGCGGCAAAAUGCAUCGUGCCAAAGAUACCUACCUGUACGGUGCUCUCGCGUACUACCUGUGAGACGGUCUCUCGUAAUUGAGCGGCCAUGCCCGGUUUACCCAGGCCACGGGUAAACUUUCUUUCGCUCAUCCUCGCCGAUGACACAUGGAUUUCAUCACCGUACACCAACAAGAACAAUCACGAUCAUCAUGUGUGCUCAUUACACUGGACAAUACUAACCGCUCGCUAUUGUUGCAGCCAUAUUUACGCGGCUUCUAAGCUCACGUCGUAGCAACGCAUGACAGUCCUCCCUACGCAGUUUACGUGAUAGUACAUCGCUGCAACUAUAUCCGUGUCGCGUGCUUAAAUUACGACGUGAGGUCAAACAUCUACCUACAGCAACGUUUGUAUAAUUUGGUAUCGUCUGCUGUAGAUACCAAGUGUGCAAAUUAAUUUUUACUUUUUUUGAACUUUUGAACAUUCAUUGAACAAAUCGAAUGUGAUCGAACGAUUACACAAAUUUUCAUGCAUAUUUGGUGCACUCGUCGCAUUAUGCUGUAAAUAGUUGUCGAAUAUAUUCAUUGAUUUUGAGACAUUUAAGUUCAAAAGAAAACUGGCUUGAUUCAAGGUGUUUCUCGUAUUAUAUUAUGGAUGACGAACUGGAAGACAAAAUUUUAUAUCAGACAUAUGUAUCAUACAUGAAGCUAGUUUCGAAGUUUGCAGUGGGUAUUCCCACAGGAUUAAAUGCUGGCAUAAAUACUCCUUUGGGCUAUUUUUGGAGGAUCAUGAGAGUUUAUGCAUUGAAACCAGAAGUACUAGUUUGUGGUGCAAUUUUGGCAGUAAUUCUAUUUUAUAUGCAAGCUGUUGAUGUAUGGAGCAGAUCAUUAUUAGGAAAAAUCCAAUAUACACUUGGUCGGACUACAUCAAAAGUAUCCAAGUUACAAUUUUUAGUUGACAAUUCUGUAAAUAAUGGGGUGAAACUUAGUUGGGAAUUAAAGCAAGGAUACAUUGCUGCAUAUGCUGUUCAAGGUCAUAGAGCAAAUAUGGAAGAUCGCUUUGUUGUAAAUGAAGAUAUGAAUAAUACAGGUGUAUCUUUAUUUGCGAUAUUUGAUGGACAUGGUGGAGAAUUUGCAGCAAAUUAUGCACGUGAUAAACUUGUUCCAAACAUUAAUAAAAAAGUAAUUGAAUUAAAAGAUAUGAUAGCUGGUAAAGCACCACAUAUGUCAGAAAACACGAAUAAGAAUGAAGAAACAGAAAAGAAAGAAGAAAAAAGUGAUACAGGACAUCUUGAACGCAAAAAAUCUUUUCGUAAAACUGUGAGCACAUCAUUGACAGAUGAUUGCAUGAAGAAAAAUGUUGGUGUAACUGAUCCAGAACUACUUGAUAAACUGGAUAGCUUGCCAAGACCAAUAACAAGAGAAAUUGAAGCUAUUUUUAACUUAUUCGGUAAAUGGAACAAAAUGCAUGCAGCAAACUGUAAUCAAUCUGUUUGCCUAGUAUAUUCUCGAAGCAGUGCUAUUCUGGAAGUCAUUCUAUCUGAUAGUGAUGGUAGUGAAGAUGAAUUGUGUUUUGCCCAGCAAAGAAAUCGGCUAUUAGUUAUACAACUUUCCUACAAAUCAGAGAGUGAUGAUGAAGAUCCAAUUAAUGUCCAAUCUUGGUCAAGUAUCAAUACUUCAUCAGCUGUACCUUCAGCAGUUGAUUUUUUUACUUAUAUGGUUGAAGAGUCAAAUCGUUAUUACGAUCAAAAUCGUGAAAAAUAUAAAAUGUCUGACAAAAUUUUAAAGUGGAAAUCUAUUACACUGUCGAAAAUAAAAAAGUUUCGUGAACUUAUAAUUCUAAUGGGACAAAAAAUGAUCCAGCUGAAGACAUACGAUCAGGCCCAUCUAACAUUAUUACCCCAAGGAUUCCAAAAUAUGAUCCUUUUAGAAGAUUAGGAGAUCUCAAGAAACACAAGAUUACAAAAAUAAUUGCAGGAGGAAAGAAAAAAUGUUCCUAGAGGCAGUGCAGAAUAUGCGCUGCAUUAAAAAAGAAAAGCUUGACCAGUUUCAUAUGCGAAUUUUGCGGUAUUCCAUUGCAUAAAAGCUCAUGUUUUGCACCACUCAUUAAAAAAAUAUUUAAUACCUAGUUUCAGAGUUUUUUGUUUUUAGUAAUAAUAAAUAAUAAAAACGAAUUUUUGGUCAUAAUUUAUUUUAUUGUCCUGAAAAUUUAUACUUCAUACCAUUUUAAAUAAUGUAAAUAUACAUAAAUAUUCGAAUUAAAUAAAUCUUCAAUCAGGGAAAUAAUAUCUUCAAUCAGGGACUGUGAAGAGUAAUCAUAUAAAAUUUCAUAAAAAAAUAUUGAUAAAUGCGAAAGUUAUAACCGAAUUCAUAGUUUACUUCCUUUUCCUGCAAAUUUACAAAAUAUUGCCGAUCGUCAAUGAAAAUUCUCUCACUUAAGCACCGGCCGGUUAAGUGUUAAAAUAGUAAAUAUAUAAAACAUUUUUUUUAUUUUAAUUAUAAGGUAAGACCAUGUAGAACAACGGA